GGUACGUCAAUAUAUAAAUUAUAAACAGUAAUUUUUUUAGAAAUAGAAUUAUCAAAAGAAUAAUUUUUUUAUAGCUUUAGCUUAGAACAUACGAUAACAUAACGUAGCAUUAAUGGUAAAGCCAUAAUCCAUAAUGGCAAUUCAACGUGAUACAAGUAUAGGAAACUGUACUAUGCCAACAAAAAGUAGAACUGAAAUCAAUGUUCGUAUUCUUCUCAAUAAAUGUGAACAAAUAGCAAAAGAUGAGCAAUUGGAUUCUAAUUCACGACUAAAACAAUAUGUUCAAAACUUGGAAAGUAUGAUCAAUGAACUGAAAGCCGAAUGUCCAGAAAAACCCCCCAAAGAAUUGCCAGACUAUGCCAAAAGAGUAACAUUUUUAAAGGGGUUGAUACAAACUGCAACUUUAAACAGUCCAAUAGAAAAGCUAGAAGCUGUCCAGUUGCUAUCUCAUGGGGCAGCUACUAUGUCUGUUGAUGCUUCCGCACAAGAAAUUCAUCAGAAAACAGUAGCUAAAUAUGGUCUUGAGUUGCGGUCUGAAUUGUUUGGGCCAGAAGAUAGUGAUGACACAUUGAGAAGGAGAAAUAUUAUUAAGGCUCCAAACUUUACAAGAAAUAGCAGUAGUCAAGAGGAUAUUGACUCACUUUUAAAAUAUCAUCAAAAUAUGCAGGAAAAAGUUGCUGAAAACAUGGUUUUACUUACUAAAAGCUUAAAGGAACAAUCACAAAUCGCCAGUAAAAUUAUUAAAGGUGACACCGAGGCAUUGAAAAAAUCGUCUAGUCUAACAGACAAUAACCUAACAUCAUUAAAAGUGGAGUCUGAAAGACUUCAAGAGCACAGUCGGAGUGCAUGGAAGUGUUGGCUGUGGUUGAUGCUGGCUGUCGUUAUGGCUUUAUUUAUAAAUAUGGUCCUCUUCAUGAAAGUGAUGAAGAAAAGAAAAGUUGAUCUAUAAUAUUAUGCAUAGUCAUGUAUAUCUAUAACUUAUUGACAUAUAAUAAUUAAAAGACAUUUUUCCUCUAUCAUA